GGUUUAUGCUCGAAAUUUCAUGGAAUUUUUUUUAAAAAAAUUUAAUCGGAAAAUCCCUGUCUCCUGCACCAAUCAGCGCACCGUAUCUUCCAGGGCGUCUAAAUGCUACUGCAAGAUUCAGUGCCCCACUCGUGGUCGGAAGCAGGGCAACAAGACGCUCCUCUUCCUGGACUUGCUACACAAAUUCCGGCCUCAUCGGAGUGUUUUAUGUUUGCUCCACCAUAUCCAUAUACCCUGUUCGAAUUAAUUAAUCAAAAUAACCUUGUACCUUCUCUCAGCACUUUGCACGCUUGCGUCCCAGAGUACUCGUCGAACUCACACGCCUGUCUAAUGACAAUCGGUCCAGCGCCAAGGAUCAUGAUAUAUUUUCAAUCAGUUCUCUUCCCCACUUUCAAACCCUCCACCGCAGCCUCCAUUACAAAAACCGCCCUCCACCUGAACUUCCCGGGAGCAUACCCGGAAGGAAGAAAGAGUUCUGCGGCCAUUGAGGCUGAUUUCCACUUCCUCCAGCUAUUGGAAUACAAAAAUAUCCGAAAGUCAUUGGAUUUCAACAGGAGGAAGUCAUGGCCACAGUAGACUUCUUUUUCCUUCUCACAGGUAUGAAGAGGGGUUAAGGCGAAGGCCGGUUCUGGAAUCGCGGCGGCAAUGGAGUGUUCGAAAGUGGGGGAGAGGAUUGGUUUUAAGAAAAUAUGAUCCUGGCG